AUGAUUUCUGCAAAAGAAAGUCGACAUGAAAGUGCGUGGGAGGAAGAAGCUUUACUAGAGCUUCUCUUUAGAGCACCAGGUUUAGUAACUGAUGAUGAUCUACUAAACAUAUCUUUGAGCAACUUAGCUAAGAAUGUGAACGAUGAAUCACCAGCUUCUUUGAUCAUGAGAAUAUAUUGCCGAUGGCUCGAAGUCCAUCGGAGAAGCUCAUUACAACUAUUUAAAGCUUGGCCAAACACGAUCAAACAGUGGGUGGAAUCAUUGGAGCACCGUGGAGUUGACAAGGAAGCAGUAAUCGCACACGUUAUAGAUUGGAAGAAAUCCAAUGGUCCUUCCACGCUCAAUGGCCCGAAAGGAUGGAUUGAGGAGAAGCACCUUCCUUCCGUUGAUGAGAUUGAAAAAGUGUUUGAUGAAAAAUACGGCUUAAACAAAGAUAAACCUUCGGAUAAAGGAUACUCUGACAGAGGUGAGUAUCGAUCGGACAAGCCCUCGAGUAAAUCGGAUCUCGGAGGCAGCCGUUCAGAGAUCCUGCUUUUGACAAAAAGCCACCGGGGUCGUACAAAUGCUCGAUUUGUAACAAAUUCGGAAAGCACUGGUAUUCCCUAUGCCCAGAGAACACCAAAAAAGACUCCAUCACCCAAAAAACGUCUGGCUGCCGGGAUGAAACCCAAAACUCAACAAAGAACCUUGGAUAAGAGAGAAGACUCCAAGGCAAGGCAGGGGGGGAUGUCAAAAUCAAACAAUUUCGAAAACGAAGGUGCGGAGUGGGAUUCGAGUCAAUGGCGAGGUGAAAACUUGGAGACAUUUAAGAAAUCUAGUUCCUCUAAACGAGAACAAGCAAUGACUUUAGAUGACGAUAUCGACCGAGAGCCAGAAUUGCCAACUCGUAAAAACAUGCUUGAACAACUUGCCGAUAUCGAGGAACGCAUACACAGAGCCUCCAUGGCUAUGGCAGAAGAUACCGGGAUGUCAAUGGAAGGGGUAGCAGAAGUGACUGGUGUGUCGAUCUCCAAUGUGGCCUCUACCAUCAUGGCAGCUAAUCGCAAGCGUGCUCGCUCCAUGGAAAUGAAUGAUAUUGGUUACAAGGAGCAUCAACGUACCACCAGACAAAAAGUUGAAUAUGAUGAUAGAGAAGAGCUGAUGCAAGGUGUUGAUGACACAAGACCCUUACAUUUGGACACUGAAAGACAUGACGCAGAUGCUAGGGGAAUUCUCAAGGAAACGGAUCCCUACACCGCAGAAUUUGAGUUGAGCCAAAAACUUCCAGUCAGAAAAUCGACAAAUUCAACCGAGAAUUCUGUUCAAAGCCCACUCUCUGAUAUGAACAUGCGCCAGCGAGAGAUUUCACCUAUGGAUACUUCUAGCGAAGAUGACAUCCGAACUCCUGUGGAUGAUAUGGAAGCAGGGUGUGACUCGCCACGGGUGCGUUCAGAGACGCCAGAGAAAAUCUACUCCGAUUUUGUUAAGAGCCUAAUUGCAAAUCGAACAGAAGGUCAAAUUGUAAACCUGAGAAGAAGACGUCGCACGGCGGUAGAGCUGUGGGAUGAAGACGACCAACGUCGCAUGGGACAAUUGAAUGUGUCAACAUCAUCCCUGCAGAGCUCUUCUCCAUUGUCUUCCGCUUCAUCAAUGGAUUCAGAUCAUACCUUCGAUCAUCCACCUGGCCGAGUUUCAAGUGAGAUUCCUUACUUCAUUCUCGACAAAAAUACGUCAGCCUCCCCAGGUUCCGAUAUUGAAAUGCAAGAGUAA